UUGCUUCUGCUCCUUCACCAAACUGUGUAUUUAAAACAAAAGUACAAACUGCUGGCUUCUCUGGAGAACUGCAGUCUUCCAGUGUGCUGUCUGAUGCAACUGGCACAUUGAUGGGAAUAUUUAGACUUAGGAAAUGUAACCGCUGAAUUUUCUACCUCUUGUACACGCUCAAGGAAUGAAACAUUGCAUCUUCCCCAGCAGCUUUCAGCUCCAAAUUGCAAAGCUCAGACAUUUUCAAACCAGAAGUCCGCGAUCAGCUUUUGCAGCCACGUGGGCUCACACCCAGCACUGCUGUGCCCUAAGACGUUGCAUGGUGCCUCAAGAUGCUGCCCACCCCCUGUGGUUCUCUGCUGCUCUCCAUCGCCCUUCUUGAGGUAGGGGGAAAAGGCUCAGAUUGUGAAUGUGCGAGCAGCUUUACCUGGAGCAGCUCUCAUGACCUUUCAAGGGCUGCGGGAGGCCCAUACCCAGCACCAGUAGCUGUGCUUGUUGAGAAGCAGGUGGGUGCACUGCUGGGAAGCAGAGAAAUGCACCUCUUGAGCAUGGUAGGAACUUUGGGACUAGCAAACCGUCUAAUGCAGUGGCCUUGUAUAUCAGUAUCACUCUCAUAUCAUCAUAUACAGUAUUUACGUACCUCAUAAAUAUGGAGUAACUUGUAGGAACCUGUAGAGACAAUCUUAUUCAGCUUUUCAAACUCAUUAUGCAGGUAAUGGAAGCAUUUUCCCUCUGCUGAGCUUGUUACACAAUGGCACUUUGUCACUGAAUUCUGACUUCAUCAGCCAAGCACAAUCCUGACAGCUUAUGCGAAAAUCAUAAAUGGAUUAUGUGUAUUAAAAUAUUUUUGAUACUGAGAAAUGAAUGAAGAUGUCGCUAUCUGGGACUUUAGUUGUCCUGAACAAUUCAGCUGCAGACCCCACAUCUGUGUAAAUGGUGUUACUGCUCCCACUGGCAUCAUCCAAGCGUAGGAGAACCCUCCCAGCUGAAGCACAAGAUAUCACCAUCAACUCGUUUCACUUUAGGCCUCCAUCACAACUGACAUCCCUGGCUGUGGUCCUGGCAGUGCUCUGCCGAUGGAAUGUACCUGCAGUACCAGCGAGGGCAGUGUGAUGUUUCUGCCCUGGCUGCUUCUGGCCUUUCUUUGGACAAGUCUCAAAAAUAGCUUUUUAAAUUGUUUCUUGAACUGUCUACUCCUCUUGAUUAAACAAGCAGGGUUAAUUACAAGAUGAAGCCCAGAAUUAUCUACUGGAAGAUAGAUAUUUGUUAAUGAAAUCAACUGAUCAUUAAACUAAUGAUGUCCAGCACUCAGGGCCAUCACUGUGAUGGACAGUGCUGGUUUGUGAGUGCACAAAGUGAAUGUAGCUGGCUCUGGCCUCUCCCCUCCCAGGCAGUUAUUUGUGAUUAGUUUUAUUUCACCCCAAAGCACAACAGGUGAAGAAGAGGUCUCUUUUACACCUCUGUUUGCUCUAGAAUUGCAUCUAUUUUACUCCUCUCUGAAUUCAAGUAUCUACAUCCUUCUACUGGGAAAAUAAAUAAAUAAAUAAAAGGAAAUGAAGCCAUCUUAAUGUUUGCUUGUUUUUUUUCUUUAAAUCUUCAUGGGAGCAGACAGGAACAAGCACUUAAAAAUGCACACUGCUAAGACUGUGAUAACAGGACCCGGGGAGAAAGGCUUCAUAACUACCAGCUUUUGGCAUGUAGUUCUGCACUGUCUGGUAAUGAAGAUGAAUCAUGUCUUUUGAAAUCCUUUCUUUAAAAUUAGCUUAAAUGAAGGUGCAGAAGUGAGCAUUCUUGGCCCUGGGCACUUCUACAGAACUUACAGUGAAGCUGAUUGCUGAAUUAUCUGGCUUUUAUUUGUGAGAUGGGGAAAAGGCACAUGGAAAGUAUCCUGGAACUAAGGCAGGCAGUGAUGUGCCCGUGACAGCUGACCUCAUCCUGGCUGGAUGGAUUUGUGCCUUUACAGAGCAGAAGGGAAGAGGAAAAAGCUGCAGCAGCACUGUAUUCUCAUGCCCUGAGCCAGAUGCAAGCUGGGCUCAGUCCCAGUGACGGGACAUAUGGCAAAAAUACUUUUGGCAAAAGACAUUCUGAAUGGCCAGAGGUGUUAUGAAUUGCCAAGGCAGUGCUGAGAUGCUGAGUCUGCCAGAAAGGUGAAGCUGCCUUUAACUCCAACACAGCAUGAAACCUGACUGUUGGUGCUGCUGCAGCCCGCCUGCUGACCAUAGGGCUCUGAGUUCGGGGGCAGCGCUGCUCUGUGGGUCUCUCAUCCUGCCUCCAUGUCCAGCUGGCCGAGCUGUGAUAGAGUCACUGUGGACAUCCAGCAGCAUCCUGGAACUUCUGCUCUCAUUUCCGUGUUGCAUUUCAGUUUUUAUGAUGUGCUUUGCAUCACAGGGAGGUUACAAAGGGGACAGUGCCAGGCACAAAGUGGGGAGCUCACCAGAAGCAGAACUCUUCAGAUACUCUCUGUUUGUGGAAAGCAGAAAAAAGAUGUUGAAAUUUAGUAAAGAGGCUGUACUCCACCAAGCUUUUGUGCUGGGUAUACAGAAAGGAGGGAGAGAAGACAGGAGAGAGGGAAAAUAAGGGCACAUCCAUCUCUCUGUAUUUUGCUGCUCUGCUAGAAUCUGUGGAUGCCAGAUACUCCAAUCACCUGUCUGUGGGGCUGCGAUCCAUCUCAGGGUGAGCCAGGAGGAGAUACACUAUUGGCUAUUUCAUAUGCUGUGUGUCAUCUGGCAGGCUGUAUAUGUAGUGAGGAAAGCGGGGACCACUCAGUCUCUGAGCAAAGCUGCUUCCAGUGAAUAGCUCAGAGAUACUCUGAGGAUGGAAAGGAAUGGGAAAGGCUUCCCCUGCUAUAUUUUUUUUUUUUGUUGUUGUUGUUGUUCUGAUAAGCUCUGAAAACCGUUGGGAAAUGGAGUGCUGACUGGUGAAGGACUGUGUGGAAUAGCAAUAAAGCACUUUUCCAAGCAGAAGUUGUGGGAGAAAGGAACAGUACCUGAAAGUAAAUAUUUCAUAGGAUUUCUUCCUACAUAGAGAGAGGAAGUGUUUGGGGAUAUUUCAGCAUCUGAAUCGACUCCUGUAUACAGAACAUAUGGGACUGAAAAAGAAGAGCAGUACCUGGAGAGUCCUGGAGCACAGCUGAUGCACAAUCAGCACAGGAAGAAGGACCCAUUUAUCAACUCCUUUAUGUGGUUUGCAUCUGCAGAGCAUAUUUUUAUAAUGCAAGCAUGCAUGUUCCUCUCUGCCACCACUGACUGUUACCUGAGCUCCCAGGAAGGAGGAGGGCAGGGAAACUUGCUGCUGGUCCCGGGGCAGCACUUCCUGAGCCAUGAGCAGGCACGCGUGGUUCCCUCUGCAGUACAUCUCCAAGCCCUUCUGGAGAGCGGAGAAUCACACCGGCACCAGCUUCCUCUCCACACGGUACAGCUUCCCAAAUCAGUCCUUCUUCCACAGUGAUUUGGACCUGGAGGACUUGGGAGACUUUGACAGUGGGACCAAAUACGAGGGCGAAUCCCAGAGCAGGACGGUGCAGGCGCUGCUGAUCGUAGCUUACUCAGUGAUCAUCUGCAUCUCACUCUUUGGAAACACCCUGGUGUGCCACGUGGUGAUCAAGAACAAGAGGAUGCACUCUGCCACCAGCCUCUUCAUCAUCAACCUGGCCGUGGCCGAUGUGAUGAUCACUGUCCUCAACACCCCCUUCACGCUGGUGCGGUUUGUAAGCAGCACGUGGGUCUUUGGAAAGCUGAUGUGUCACAUCAGCCGGUUUGUGCAGUACUGUUCUGUCCACGUGUCCGUACUGACCCUCGCUGCCAUCGCUCUGGAUCGUCACCAGGUUAUCAUGCACCCUCUCAAGCCGCGCAUGUCCAUGGUGAAAGGAGGGAUUUGCAUCGUUAUCAUCUGGGUUAUGGCCAGCUGCUUCUCACUGCCUCACGCCAUCUAUCAGACCUUGACGAGGUUUUACAUCGGGAACAGAACAAUACGAACGGUUUGCCUCCCCAGCUUCCCUCCUCCUGCCGACCUUUUCUGGAAGUAUUUGGACUUGACUACAUUCGUUCUCUUGUAUGUUCUGCCCUUGCUUGUGAUCUCCAUUACCUACACCAUGGUGGCUAAGAAGCUCUGGCUGAGAAACGCCAUUGGGGACGUCACUAUGGAGCAGUACUACGCCCACCAGAGGAAGAAGAAGAUGACGCUGAAGAUGCUGAUGGUGGUGGUGAUUGUGUUUGCAGUGUGCUGGUUUCCUCUGAACUGCUACGUGGUGCUGAUCUCCUGCAGGGCCAUCCACAGCAGCAACGCUUUGUACUUUGCUUUCCACUGGUUUGCCAUGAGCAGCACUUGCUACAAUCCCUUCAUUUACUGUUGGCUGAAUGAGAACUUCAGGUCUGAGCUGAAGUCCCUGCUGUGUGUGUGCCGGCGGAGGAGCGCAGCGCAGAGCCAUGCCCUGCAGUCCAUCGCCCCUCCAUUCAGGCCCGCUUGGCUCGAGGGCUGCCGGUACAAAAGAGGCAGCACCUGCCAGAAAACAGCAUCACCCCAAAGGAAUUCUACCAAGACAGACAUAUCCAGCGUUCAGCCAGUUGUGGCAGAACACUAAGCCCUGUCUGACGGCCGGGCAGCAUGCGGCCUGUCCCACUUUGGGCAACUGAGAUGCUGGUCAGCAGUGAUAAUGGUGUGGCAGCUGCUCAGCAGGAUGCUGCACUUUGGGUAAAGCCUGCACUGUAACACUAGGAGAAACGGUUUUUAAAAUCUGAAGCUGGAAAAGUUGGCACAGGGUUUGUUUGUAAACCUUCACGCCCUCCCUAGAUAAUAAGGCGUCUGAUAACAUGCCUUCUGUGUAACCUGACUUAGAAUCCUCACAAGCAGGAGCCUCACCAACCUCAGUGCUGAGCUCAGGGCUGUGUGGCUCUGUGCCUGGCCCGGGGAGCAGAGCUGCUCACCUCCAGGUGCCGACUGAUGACACAGCAGUGUUAUCCCAUCGGGAGCUGCCAGACCUGGGCUGUUAAUUGGGUUCAUUUACAGCACCAUCCCAGCAUCUGCAUCCUGACAUGGACGCCAGGCCUUCAUUCUGAGAAGCAGAGGGAUGCACAGAGAGGUGUGUGUAAACACGAGGGGUGGGGAGAGGUGUUCACCUCUGGAGGGUGAUUCUCAUUUUAACUGUGAAAAAAAAGAGAUUUGUAGGUUCACUGCAGAGGCUGUCAGCUUCCUCUCCUGAGUGCUGCUGUCGGGCUGGUAACCUGAAUUCAGGCUCAGCUUUGGAUUGCUGCUAUUGUUAAGUGAUCCAGAGCUAAUCGUGCAGGAGAUGAGUUUGCUUCUGGAGUAAUGAUUAGCCGAUUGUGUAACCAUUAAGCUAAAACUAACAGUGACCUUCCUUCACUGCAGACUGUGUUCGUUUUUUGAAUUUUUGGUCACUGACUCAGACCUGAGAAUUGCUCCCUGAUCUUAUCCUGUUUUCUGUACAAGCAAGGCCGAUCUGUCACAAAGCCAUUAUUUGAUGUCAGUGUCUGGUAAGGUGACAGUGAACCCGAUGCUUUACGUGACAAAAAAUGAGAACCCAUUAUUUUCUUUCUGAGAAAAAGAUUAUUUGGCUUUAUGGAAUGGACAAUUAUCCUCCGCAGUGUGUGUGCUGACUCUUAAACUGCCUUCUUUUUCAUUUUUAAUACUCUCUUGUUGAAAAGUGGUCCAAGAGUAAAUGGAUUUUCUACUGACAUCCAUGUCACAGAAAUCUGCCCCACGGACGGCCUACAAUCCCACAGGUUGUGCACUGACAGCUCUGUGUGCCACCACAAAUGGGGAUGGAAAAGGAUCUCAUCAGAGACGGUGACUGAAGGAUAGGAGAUGGGACUGGGGGACCACUGAUGUGCUGGGAAGCUCUGCAGACCUGCAGGGUGGCACACAAGGUGUGCUAUGGCGUGUCAUCUCACACCCCUCUGAUCCCAAAGUUCACAGGAGCCUAUUUUUCAGCUGGAAUGUGUCACACCAUGUCUCGGCAUCACCAAAUUCUCUGUAAGAUCAGCACUGCCAGCAAUGCUCAGUUACUUUACCUUAUAACUGCACUUCACUCUUUCAGCUCAUGUCUCCAUUUGCUAAAAUUCUGCAACUUCUGUGGUUUUCUUUGAUUUAUCCCAGAAUAUUUUGAUGAGGUAUAGAGCAGAUGUUUCAAGUGAGAAAAACUGUUUGCCCAGUGUGGGUAGCUGCCAAUUCAAACGUUUCUGAAUGCUCUGUGGCUGCAAGGAACUUUUCUAUGUUUUGCUAAUUCAAAUCUCACUUUGCGCCUUAAUCCCCAAGGGAAGUAUUGCGUUAAAUAAGGAUGAAAAUUAAGCAGGUUUCAUCUACAUAAAAACUUCCAUAAAACCCAGAGCUGAGAAACUAAGAAUUAAUGAGUUGUUCCGAAUCACAGCCACCGAGAAACACAACAGCCAACAUCAUUAAGCAGCGACAAGUUUCAGAGUGUUCCCAGAGAAACUUGUGUGCACUUACUGGUGGAGCCUCGGCACAGAGGAACUCACCUAAUAUCAGGUCAACAUCUUUGUAAGUGCUUAAACAGAUCUGCAGUGAUUGGAAGGACUUUUGUCUCCCAUUCUAAAAGCAUCUCAAGAAGCAAUUUUCUCACUCUUUCAGUGAAAGCAGAGUGAGAAGUGAACUCUCCUCCUUUUCACAGAGCUUUUGUUUUGCACUCGCUUCCCUCCUGCUUUAAUGGGCUGGUAGGAAAUGGCCCGGCUGGGGUCGGAAGGUUCUUCUGCGUCUCCUGAAUGAGGUCUCAGGAAGGAUGAGCUGGGCUCAGCUCUCCGUGUAACUUGUCCUUCUGACCUCAUCUCAAUGCAUGUUGGAACUGCUUCCUGCACUAUUAUUCUUUAAUGCAAACUCCAAAGAUAAGUCUGUUUCUGAGAACCAAAACCCAGCUAGAGAGUAUACUGACAGCCAAAGCUCUUUGUGCAGCACUGUGCACGUGCCCUAAUUGCUGUUUUCAGUUACCAUUGGAUGCUGUUAGUGUAGCGUUUGCUGCAUCCCUCACAGCCCAGAAAGCACUUCUGCAGGUGCUCUGCAAUGCUCCCAGUGACCAAAGCCUUUCCUUCAGCUCCCUGUAAGGGGAGCCUGUGCCCCCUGUAAGGGCCGUUUUCCCACAUCAGCAUUUCAAAUACCUCCUAAUGAGCUCAGAGGGUGUGGCUUAUGCAGCUGCCAUGGCUUUACCCUGCAUUAUCCUUUCAGGUGAUGAGGACAGGUGGUUGCUGUCUCCUGAUGGGUUCUGAGCAGCUCAAGCACCCAGCCUGGCCGGUGGUCUGUCCAGCAGGUUGUCAAAAGCAGCCUAGACCUGACAGCAGGAUGCCUGGCAGCAGAUGGAAGUAAUGCGGCUCAUCCCAUUUUACAUCUCUAAAAUGAGGUGUUGGUCUAGGCUAUAUCCUUUCCUGCCUUAGCCAACUCAGACAGCAAAGUGAUCAUCAGCACCUGGUUUUGUGCUUUACAAUGAGAGACAGUGGCUCACACUGUGUAAGGUUGGGUAUUAAACAUUUAUUCUCUGAAAGAGUG